AUGCAGCACUACGGCGUGAAUGGCUACUCUCUGCAUGCCAUGAACUCCCUCAGUGCCAUGUACAACCUCCACCAGCAGGCAGCCCAGCAGGCCCAGCAUGGGCCUGAUUAUAGACCCUCUGUGCAUGCUCUCACCCUGGCAGAGAGGCUGGCCGGCUGUACAUUUCAAGACAUCAUCUUGGAGGCCCGCUAUGGCUCUCAGCACCGAAAGCAGCGCCGCAGCCGCACGGCCUUCACGGCCCAGCAGCUCGAGGCCCUGGAGAAGACCUUUCAGAAGACUCACUACCCGGACGUGGUGAUGCGAGAGCGGCUGGCGAUGUGCACCAAUCUGCCGGAGGCCCGAGUACAGGUGUGGUUCAAGAACCGAAGGGCCAAGUUCCGUAAGAAGCAGCGGAGCCUGCAGAAGGAGCAGCUUCAGAAACAGAAGGAGGCCGAGGGCGGGCACGGGGAGGGCAAAGCUGAAGUCCCCAACCCGGAUGCCCAGGCCCCUGGCCUGCCUGAGUCUGAGCAGUCCUGUACUCUGUCUGGAGAGCCCUCCACUGAACUACACCUGACCCUGUCUGAACAGUCAGCUGGUGAGUCAGCCCCUGAGGACCAGGCUGACCGCGAGGAGGAGGAGGAGGAGGUACGGGGAGCCACUGAGCAAGGCAAGACCGAGAAGAGUCCAGGCCUGGAGGGCAAGGGCUUCAGCUGCAAGAGGAGCAGCCCCAAAGCAGACUCGCCGGGCGGCACAGCCUCGGGCCCCCUGCCGCCGCAGACCUCAGGAGCCGGGACCGGCGGGGGCGGCGGCAGCGUCCUGGGACCCUCUCAUUCCUACUCAUCAUCGCCGCUCAGCCUCUUCCGCCUGCAGGAGCAGUUCCGCCAGCACAUGGCGGCCACCAACAACCUGGUGCAUUACUCGUCCUUCGAGGUGGGAGGCCCGCCGCCCCCAGCCGCCGCCGCCGCCGCCGCCGCUGCAGCCGCCGCCGCCGCCGUGCCCUACCUGGGUGUCAACAUGGCACCGCUGGGGUCCCUCCAUUGCCAGUCCUACUACCAGUCGCUGUCGGCCGCAGCUGCCGCGGCCCACCCGGGCGUAUGGGGCUCCCCGCUGCUCCCCGCGGCCCCCGGCGGUCUGGGGCCCCCACCGCCGCCGCCGCCUGCAGCCGCGGCCGCCGCCGCCGCAGCAGCCUCGGCCGCGCUGAACAGUAAGACAAGCAGCAUCGAGAGUCUGAGGCUCCGGGCCAAGCAACACGCAGCCUCCCUGGGACUGGACACGCUGCCCAACUGA